AUGGGACCGGUAAUCAUGGCGGCUGGCCCGGGGCUAGGGUUUGGCCCAUCGGGUAUAGACAUCAGACCAGGCAGCGGCGCAGGUGGCGGCGGGGGAGGUUUGGACGACCGGCCUAGCAGCGCGGGACCGACGACGAUACAGCAGCACAUGCAGCACCAUCAGCAGCUGCACCAGCACCAGCAGCACUAUGCCGCAGCCGUGGGAUCGCGCGCAGUGAACAGUGCCGGAUCCGUAUCGUAUCUCAACGCCAUGCCUGGGCGGCAGCGCAUCGUGGCUUGGCUGGAAGAAUCAGAUCAGUCGUUUGCGACGGUUGACGAAACCACGAACGAACCCGUGCGACUCAAGUCUCCGGGGGGUAAGCAGGCGGAAGGGGAGGGGGACGGGGAAGGGGGAGGGGAGGGGGAAAGCGGGCGGGACGGGAGCGCAGACGCAGCGGCUCUGGAACGUCUCGGGUUGUUUCUUUCGAGCCUGCCCGCCGGGCAGUAUGAAGACCGCGGCAGCCCCACAGCAGCGCCUCCGUCCGCCUCGGGGGAGUCCAGCGGCGGAGCUGGGGGACCCAGCGGAGCAUGGAGCGCGGGAGGCGGAGGGGGGGGGGGCGGGGGAGGCAGCAGCAGCACGGGGACGCACGCGCAGUCGGGUUAUUCCGCCAUGGCCACCGCGGGUUCAGGUGUUACCGGUCCGAGUUACACCAGUCAGGGCAUUCCAGGGGGGGGGUUUACUGGUGCAGGCUUAUCUGGUGCGCGCAGGGCUUCCCCGAAUAACUCCAAGCGGGACUUGCUGCCGCCCCCUGCGGGGGGCCAUAGCGGAGGGGCGGGGGGCAGAGGUGGUAGUGGGGGGAAUCCACUGGGGGGGAACCCGAUGGCGCGGACGCGGUCAAGCCAGGAGCCCGUGCGCCUGGUGCCGCAGAUGGGCAGCGCGGAGGAGAGCGCGCAGGCGGGCGCUGCGCCUUCUCCCCUCCCCGCUGCAGCAGGCGCGCUGGGGGCGGGAUCCAGUGGGGCGGGGGGAGCCAGAGGCGCAGGUGUGUUGGCGCCGUCGUUGAGCUUUGCCAAUGGGGUUGGUUCAGGCACGGGGGCAGGGGCGGCUAGUGGCGCAGGGGUAGGGGCUGGGACAGGAUUGGGACCGGGGGCAUCCGCAGGGGUUGGGGGUGGCACUGGCUCGGGUGCUGGUGCUGCUGGUGCUGCUGGUGGUGCUGGUGGGGCGAAGGAGAAGGAGAGCCUUCGCGUGCAGGCACUGAGUAACGCCAUUCGGCACAGCAGUCACGGCGGGGAGAAGGACAGAGACAGCCACAGAGAGAAAGAGCCGCUAGGCCGAUCCACCACGCAGUACUCAGAAGAGGGAGGGUCAGCAGCGGCAGUAGCUGGGUCAGCUGUUGCUGCCACUGCUGGGUUUGGUGGGAGCGCGAGAGGCUUGGGAGGGGGCUUUGCUUCAGACACUGCUUCGGAUACGGCUGCAGGGCACGUGCAUUUGAGGGAUGGAAGCUUCCCCCCCUCCCCUGCUCCGGAUAAGUCGUGGUAUGCUGUGUCACCAUUGGUGGAUUUUCACCCGGGGUCCAGUCCGCCGCCCCCUUUCAUUCCCGGGCAGAGUCCACUGAGAGAUAGUGGUUUUAAGCUGCCCUUGCCUGCUGUGGGAGGGAAUGGGGCAGGCAAUUCCGGGCAUGAAGGAUUAGGGGAGAUACAGAGUGAUGGUGCCCGGAUAGGGGCUGAGGGGAAGGGGGAUGUUGAAUCGUCUGUUGAUGGUGGAAAGGGAGGUGCAGCUGAGGUUUCUUCUCACGAGGAAGCUAGUAUGAGUUAG